AAGAAACGCAUAAAACUAAUUUAUCAUAAAUAUUAAUUCUUCUGUUAACAAAGUGGGUAUAAUGUCAGGUUACAAGCUUAAUAUCGUUUAUUUUGGAAUAUGGAGCGUUCUAAUAAAAACUCUCUUCGUUAACGAAGUUAUAGCACAACAGCGUUGUGGGGCGUUUGAAUGGGAUUGCAAUAACGGUCAGUGUAUAUCGGAAGAUGCGCGAUGCGAUGGUGUAGUUGAUUGUCAGGAUCGCUCAGACGAAAUAGCCGAAAAUUGUAUACAAAGCUAUUCUACCUGUCAUGCGUUUGCUUUCAAAUGCGCCUACGGCGCCUGCAUUACCGGCGGUUAUCGUUGCAAUGGACGUAAAGAUUGCGCAGACAAUUCAGAUGAGCUGAUCUGCGAUACCAAGAAAUUUGAUAAUCUUCAAGGGACUUGUAAAAGUGACAAUGACUUUCAAUGCUCACAAUCAAAGGAAUGCAUCAGCAAGUAUAGUAUAUGUGAUGGAGCAAAAGAUUGCAGUGAUGGUUCGGAUGAAACUUUGGAGCUUUGUGUUGGUUUCGAUUGCCCUGAAAUAGCAUUUCAUUGUGGCUACGGUGCUUGUAUCAAUGGCAAUGCGAAAUGUAACGGCAUCAAGGAGUGUGCCGAUGGUUCCGACGAAGCUUGGGAGCUAUGUGGCUUUCCCAGAUUAGUGGAUAAAGUUAAGGAGCAGCCAACGGAAUCGAGCAAUGAUAACAAUUGUCAAUUACCAGAAAAUAGUCCCCAUCUUGUGGCUUAUUUGCAUCCGCAGAAUCGGACCGUAUCUUUAGGUAGUUGGGUAAAAAAUUAUGAAACCGUUCACUUAGAGUGUUCGAACGGUUAUCGCAUACUAAACGAUGCGAGCCUAAAUUGUCAAAACGGCAAAUGGACGGGAGUGUUUCCUACAUGUGCUCAAUAUUGUGACGGUAACUCAUUACGCGGUUUAUCCACAUUUCAUGUCUGCAUUAAUAACGCUAUGAGCGCCCGACAGUGUCAACGUGUUCAACCAAAUACUGAGGUAAUUAUUAGGUGUAACAUCGGCUACCAAGGUUUCGGUAAUAAUUCACCACUAAUGCGGUGCACAUCUGAUGGUCAGUUCACCGCGGAACGUCCCACUUGUGAUGUUGAGUGCGGAAUUCUGCGGCGGAAUACACAAUUAACGACCCGAGGACUGCCGGUUGAGAAAAGCGAGGUACCCUGGCAAGUGGCCAUUUAUCAAAAACCAGAUAAGGUGAAUUAUAAAUUCAUUUGUGGUGGGUCCAUUAUAUCGCCAAGCGUUAUAGUGACCGCUGCUCAUUGCUUUUGGGAUGCCGUCGUAGAAGACAAAAUGCACGUUGACUUCUUUAAGGUGGCUGCCGGUAAAUAUUACCGCGACUACGAUAUGACUAAGGAUCCAACUGCCCAAACUGCAGAUGUAGCUGAAAUUGUGAUCCCUUCAAGCUUCAGCCACGACAAGGACAAUUUCCUUGGAGAUAUUGCCGUUGUUAAAUUAAAGGAUCACUUUGUCUUUAAUCAAAACAUAUCGGCUGUCUGUUUAAAGAUUGAAGCCGGCGCCGAUCGUUAUAUCACGAGUAAUCAGGUUGGUUCAGUUGUGGGCUAUGCUAGUGCUGACAAUAAAGUUUUACAACGGGUUCCUAUGAAAUCGCUAUCCUACCAUGCAUGCCAAUCAAGGCAUCCGCAAUCGUCUUUAGCUAAUGAUAAAUUUUGCUUGCAAAACGAAGGCGACGCGACCGUAUGUCGUGGCGACAGCGGCGGAGGUUUUGUAAUUUAUAAUUUAAAUACAAGACGUCACGAAUUAUUGGGCAUUAUUAGUUAUACACCCUUCAGUAAUGUCGAAUGCGCUCGCGAUGGAUUUGUAACAGUGACGAAUGUCAAUUAUAUGAGCGACGUAGUGAUGCAGAAAAUGCUUAAGUUCAAGCAAGACGAUAAAGCGUUAUUUUAGAUGUGUAGAAUUGUUUUCUUACUGCUAACUGAAUAAAAAAUUA